AUAUAUUCCAACUGAUUUAUCAUGCACAUUAUCAAUUCCUCUAACACUGAGAUCCCCACCUUCUUUCUGAUUGGAAUCCCAGGACUGGAGCAUGCUCAUGUAUGGAUCUCUAUUCCCAUCUGCCUCAUGUACCUGCUGGCCAUUCUCGGCAACUGUGGCAUCCUCUUUGUGAUCAGGACAGAACCCUCGCUCCAUGCACCCAUGUACUAUUUCCUCUCCAUGUUGGCUAUCUCUGACCUGGGCCUGUCCCUCUCAUCCCUCCCCACUAUGCUGAGGACUUUUGCUUUCAAUGCUACCGGAAUUUCCCCAAACGCCUGCUUUGCUCAAGAAUUCCUCAUCCAUGGAUUCAUGGAUAUGGAGUCCUCAGUGCUCCUGGUUAUGUCUUUUGACCGCUUUCUGGCCGUACGCAACCCUCUUAGAUACAGCUCUAUCCUCACCAAUGCCAGAGUUGCCAAGCUGUGCCUGGUGUUUUUCCUAAAAAGCCUGCUCUUAGUGCUCCCCUUUCCUUUCGCUCUCAAAAGCUUGACAUAUGGUAAGAAACACCUGCUCUCUCACUCCUAUUGUCUCCAUCAGGAUGUCAUGAACCUGGCCUGCUCUGACAACACAAUUGACUUUUUCUAUGGUUUUUUUGUUGCCCUCUGUAUGAUGUUAGACAGUGUGUUCAUUGCUGUGUCAUACGUCUUCAUCCUGAAGACCGUGAUGGGAAUUGGAUCCCAUAAGGAACGGCUCAAAGCCCUCAACACCUGCGUCUCCCACAUCUGUGCUGUGCUCAUCUUCUACGUGCCCAUCACUGCUUUGGCCUUUAUGCACCGCUUUGGCAAACACAAGUCCCAAAGUGCCACGAUCCUCGCUGCUGAUAUCUUCUUGCUAGUGCCACCUCUGAUGAACCCCAUUGUAUACUGUGUAAAAACGCGGCAAAUUCGUGAGAAGAUUCUAGGGAAAUUUGGUAUAAAAUAA